UACAGACACAAACUGUAUCAGCUUCUUCCCACAUGCAGGUAAACGCCCCGCCAUGGCAUCACGAGCAGUCGUCAUAACGCAUCCAUCCGUUAUUAGCAGCCUGUAAUCCCGGAGCAGCGAGUUGUCAAUAGACGGAGCAGGACACGGAUACAGAGGAAAGGAGCCAGACAGGGAGAGGAGCCUGUAGGCGGAUCGCCUCCCGGGACAAACCACCGCACAGUGUGAAAGUAACUGCAGGAGAUGCUCACCGUGGCGGAGAAGGGCGCUCUUUAACGACAGGGAAAAGAGGGAUGUGAUUAGAGGCUGCUUUUCUCCCGGGAUUUAUCAUUUUGUCUGUCUGGAGCUUUGCCUUUUUGUCUUGACCUAUAACGCCUCUAUCUAGCGUGCAAUCCAGCGGGCAGCACGCGCUGUUGUCCGCGAUAAGAGAGAGGUCAAGACAAAGUCACUUCAGUGGCACAAAAGAAUAACUUCAAUUCACCACCCUUCUUUGAUACUUUCGUAUCUUUCCUUUCCCUCAUUUGCGCACUUAUUACUCGAUUUCUCUACUUGAGGCGGAUACUCUUCUAUGGCAAGAAAGGAUUAAUAUUCUGCAACCAAGUCCACACUAAAAGCAAAGGGCGCGGAAUGAGUGAGAUGGUGAUGCUGGUGCAGGAAUGACAGCUGCUGAAUGGGGGAGCAUGGAGCACCUAUAGGGGAGCUUUAUGUUGAGACCGGCUGAGUAGCCGAAAACGAAGAACGUGCCCGGUAUCACCGAGUGGAGAGAACGUUUUUCUCACUCUCCCUAUCCGUUGCUUUUCCUCCACUCUCAAAUUACAACCUCAAUUCCCACGACUGCAGCGUGAAAAAGAUUGGCAUUUUGCUUUAAAUGGCCAAUUAACGGAGUCUUAACGUAACGCAGGGCGCUCAUGCGGAGUCCAAAUGAGUGCGCAACGCGGCGGUGCGCCGGUUUAACGGCGUUUUUUCCACGCUCACACUUCGGUCCCAGUGGAUCAGCGGUGGACACUGGGCUGCUUUAGGUUUCAGGCUACCACCAGUCGUGUACCCGUACCAUAGGCUUUCACGCAAACUCAACGGAAACUCAAUUAAAAAGCCUUUGCUUGCCCUGCCACCUCUCUAGGAGCCCGGCAGCGCAUCCAUCCCUGCAAGGUGCAAGACCCUCUAAAAAAGUGGAUAUGAUUUCUUAUUUGGUUUGCAAAUCUACUUGAGCAGAUAGAGGAUUAUUUGACACAUUUUUACAGAGUGGAGUUCUACACCUGGCUUCAUAACCGGAGGGGAAAUAAUCUCCACCUAACCGGAGUCGAGGAGGAGAGGGAGCAGCUCAGAUCUCUGGAUCCAUUUACCUGAGCCGUCUAUCUUUUCAGUCCAUCUGCCAGUCACUGCAAGGAAUCUUCAUGUUGUGUUUAAAUAAAUCACAGCACACCAGAUAGAGUUGCCCUGUUCCCAGUGGAGGAUAAUGGAACGGCUUUGGAUCUCUUUGCUGUUGCUGGCAGCAGCAUGCAAGGGGCAGCCGUGUCCGAAACGCUGUAUGUGCCAGAGCCUCUCGCCAUCGCUUGCUAUCCUCUGCUCCAAAACAGGCUUGCUGUUUGUUCCUGCUGCCAUUGACCGACGCACAGUGGAGCUACGGCUUCAGGAGAACUUUAUAACAGCUGUCCGAAGAAAGGACUUUGCCAACAUGACCAGCCUGCUACAUCUGACCCUGUCCAGAAACACCAUUAGUCAGAUUCUCCCUUCAGCUUUCAGUGACCUGCGGCGACUCAGAGCCCUGCACUUAGACUCUAACAGAAUAACUGUGAUCAAGGAUGACCAUUUCAAAGGCUUGACGAACCUUCGUCACCUGAUCCUGGCCAACAACCAGCUCCACGCCAUAGCUCCCCAUGCUUUUGAUGAUUUCCUGUCCACACUGGAGGAUCUCGACCUUAGCUACAACAACCUUGCAGAGGUGCCCUGGGACACAAUUGGGCGGCUAACCAAUGUUAAUACCCUAAAUAUGGAUCACAACCUCAUAGAAAAUGUUCCCCAAGGCGUAUUCACCAACCUACACAAACUAGCAAGGCUAGACAUGACAUCCAACAAGCUAAAGAAAAUUCCCCCGGACCCGUUGUUCCUGAGAAUCCCAGUUUAUGCCAAGUCCAGAGGCUCUCCCCUCACCUCCCUUGUGUUGAGUUUUGGUGGCAACCCUCUUCACUGUAACUGUGAACUUCUGUGGUUAAGGAGACUGACAAGAGAAGAUGACCUUGAGACAUGCGCCUCUCCACCCGACCUCAGUGCCAAAUACUUCUGGACUAUACCUGAAGAGGAGUUUAUCUGUGACCCACCAGUUCUAACCCGUAAGUCACCUCAUACUGUAGCUAUGGAAGGCCAGCCUGCAAGCCUUAAGUGCAAAGCGAACGGCGACCCAGAGCCAGAAGUCCACUGGAUCAGCCCUGAGGGGCGACUUAUAUCCAAUGGCUCAAGAACAUUGGUUUUCCCCAAUGGAAGCCUGGAGAUCAAUGUAACUUCCCUGAAGGAUUCAGGAAACUUCACCUGCAUUGCCUCCAACGCAGCGGGCGAAUCAACAGGAAGGGUGGAGCUAGUUGUCACGGCGAUGCCCCAUCUGGCUAACAGCACAAGCCGUAGUCGAGACCCAUCCUCGGAACCUGCCCCAUCUGACAUCUUAACUUCCUCCAAGGUUGCACUGCCUAACAAUGAGACCAGAGGCGGAGACCGGAGGGUUUCAUUGGUGGAACUGACAGGAAACUCUGCACUCAUAAGAUGGAGCAGUCAGACUCCUACAUCUGGAGUCAGAAUGUUCCAGGUCCAGUACAACAGCUCUGGAGAUGACACACUAGUUUACAGGAUGAUUCCGUCUACCAGCAAUGACUUCUUGGUCCGGGAUCUCGCUGCAGGACGGAACUACGAUCUUUGUGUCCUGGCUGUGUUUGAUGAUGUCAUCACAUCAUUGACUGCAACACGUCCUUUGGGCUGUCUGUCGUUCACCACGGACACAGAGUUCAGCCAGUGCCAAGCAUUGCACAGCCACUUCCUUGGAGGCACCAUGAUCAUCAUCAUUGGAGGGAUUAUUGUCGCCUCAGUGCUGGUGUUUAUUAUCAUCUUAAUGAUACGAUACAAGGUUUACAGCCACCAAGGGGCAAGCCAUGGAAAAGGAGCCAUUGUGGCAAGUGCGGCAAGACCGCAAAGCAAUGGACAAGGAGGGGGUGGACAAGUUCAAGUCCUUCCUCGCUCUGCCUCUAAAAUGCCUGAUAGUCAGGAGGACCAAGUGCUAUCCCCUUCCAGGGCUAUGUCGCCUAGCAACACACUGAGAGACACUGUGGCAUUGGUUGAGGAAGAGAGCAGUGGACGGAGCACAAUGACAAGGACUGACUCCUUGGCCAAUGAGGAGUUGCUCUCGCCCACAAAUGCCCGCUUCACCUCCAGGGUCGCCAUUGAGAUGAAAAGCAGACCGCCAUCUGUUGCCAAAGAGCCCACCUCCCCCAAGGAACUGGCAGCAGCAGACGACAGGCGCCUUCAUAGUGUCGAAUGGAGAGACUUUAAGAUCUGAUCUCGUCCUCACAAAGAGAGUGCGCCACCACUACACACAAAGAAACCCUGAUGACGUUGACCUGAGUGGCAGAUGUGAAGAAUAGACAUCACCACCAGGGUGAAGCUGGUGCAAACUCUGAAGAAAAAAAGGCCCUAUAGCUCCCCUCCUGUAUCUCCUGUUUACUGUACCCAUUUCUUUGUUUCCAUGAGCACCAUGCGGUUAGAGACCUGUAUCAUCUGGUUUACUUAUGACUGCUCAUCUCGGUUCUUGUGACUGGAUUUGUGUAAAGGCCCUCGGUCUGUUGGGCUGUUGACUACCCAGUUGCUGCAGGAUCCAGCUAUUGGGGUGUACAUCUUCAGUAAAUUAUAUUGAAAUGGAGCAGACUCAAAUGCUGACAUUUUGGCAUUUCAACAACUGUAUCAGUGUAGAAGAUGGUACAAUGGCUAAACGUAAUUUCAAAGCAACAUAAAGAAGAAAAUGGAUAUGUCAACAUAAAACUAGAAACAAAAUGUGAAUGAACUGCACACCGUCUGGGAAAGCAUUGACAGCACGGACAGAUACUGAAAUGGUUGUAAAGAAUAAUCAUUAAAAGUUGAAUGCAUAGGUUAUCACACUCAACCUGGAUCUAAAUUAUGUUAAAGUGAGUAAUAUCACUUCAUAUCUGGAUGGGUCUGGCUUUGGAUUUGAACACAUUUUCAACACUCAACAUAUUAUGGCUCUCUACCUGCAACUGAACUUAAGGGACUUUCAAAAUAAUUGGUGAUCUUAACUUGGACUGGACCUGGUUCUCUCCCAAUAAGAAGUCCAGUAAGGGAACUGAACUGGCUUGACACGUGCAGACCUGAACCCAAGUGGAGCCUGAACUGGAAUUGUACUGGUUGAUUACACUGGUAAAGGAUUAAGACUGCAGUUACCAGACUUACCUGGACAAAACUAGACAGGCUCCAUGUCUGCAGGUCUAGUUUGUCUAUUCUUAUAACCACUGCUUUCCACUGGAUUGGACCGCUGAGGACCUUAAGGACCUUUACUCCAGUCCACUUACCAGACCCACUGACCAGAAGGAAAGCCACAAGCUGAAGACGAACACGGAUGAACAGAUAAGAGUUAAAAAAAUAAAAAUAAAGAAGAGGGAUGCCAGUUAGCCAAAUCACAACAAUUUCACUCUUUAUCCCCACUGAUAUCAUCCAAUACUUUCACCAAAAUCAUCAUAUCUGUCACUUCAGGAGAACGUCACAGGUCUACAACGGGAAUCUGAAUAUGUUAAUGUGAAGAAGAAAAAAAAAGACUGUGUAUGACUGCAUUGACAACAUCUUGGUUGUAGUCAUACAGGCCCUGAUCAUGGUGUCAUUACCAUCACGGAGUGUGUUAAGGGGAAAAAUCAUGACAAAUA